CUACUACCGUUCAUUCGAUGUAUAAUAAGUCAUAGUUAUACGUGACAAUGAUGCUUUAAAAUUCGUGAUACAAUAGAAAUGUUUGAUAACAAUAAAAUCAUAUUAAUUGAUUUACAAAGUGUAUCAUUGCAACAUAUAUUUAUCUAACAUUAUCGGAUUAUCGGUUUUUACUUCGCACAGCUUCGUAUAUCACGUACGCGCGAUUUCUUAGAAAAUAUUUAUUUUUCUAUAUACAAAGGUUUACUUUUAAUUAGUGUCAAAUGAGUCCUGAGAGUGAUAUGUGGCAAUUGAUCCUUCCAUUAUCGAUUGACGUUAUUAUGUCAAUCGGUGCAUAUUUUUUUACUUUAAAUUUGAUUCCUAAAUUAAAAGAUCUCUUCGUUAAAGCUAACCUCUAUGGAAUUGAUAUGAAUAAGAGGAACAGUCUGAAAAUUCCGGAAGCAUUAGGCGUUGUUACAGGAUGUAUAUUUCUCGUAACAAUGUUUUUAUUUAUUCCCGUACCGUUCACAGAUUAUAUCCUCAAAAAUGAAAAUUUUCCGCACAAUGAGUUUGUUGAAUUUUUGGCAGCUCUACUUUCAAUAUGUUGUAUGCUGCUUUUGGGCUUUGCCGAUGAUGUUUUGGAUCUUCGUUGGCGGCAUAAAUUAUUAUUACCUACUAUUGCCACUUUACCACUCUUAAUGGUCUAUUAUGUAAACUUUAAUUCUACAUUGAUCAUAGUGCCAAAACCUUUAAGAAUUUGGCUUGGAUAUUCGGUAGAUCUAUGGAUAUUUUAUUAUGUAUACAUGGGAAUGUUAGCAGUAUUUUGUACAAAUGCUAUAAACAUAUUGGCCGGUAUAAAUGGUUUGGAGGUUGGUCAGAGUUUAAUUAUUGCCGUCAGUAUAGUAAUGUUCAAUAUUAUAGAGCUCUCUGGAGAUCUGUGGAAAGCACAUAGAUUUUCAUUAUACUUUAUACUUCCAUACAUAGCAACUUCUCUUGCUCUUCUUAAAUAUAAUUGGUAUCCAUCAAAAGUAUUCGUAGGAGAUACAUUUUGUUAUCUAUCUGGAAUGACAUUUGCAGUUGUUGGUAUUAUUGGCCAUUUUAGUAAAACUACUUUAUUAUUUUUUAUUCCACAAAUUAUUAAUUUUCUGUAUAGUAUACCACAACUGUUUCAUUUUAUACCAUGUCCUAGACAUAGACUACCAAAGUACAAUAAAGAUACGGAUAAAUUGGAAACUAGUGUCACAGUAUUUAGAUAUUCUGACCUGAAUCCUUCAGGUAAAUUUUUAAUGUGGAUCUUCAGAACCAUAAAAAUUGUUCAAUGGCAAAAAAGUAGUGAAGACACUGUGACUUGCAAUAACUUAACUCUAAUAAAUUUUUUAUUAAUUAAUAUUGGACCAACAAGGGAAUCUGCGCUAACAUUAAUUUUGAUAUUAUUACAGGUUCUUUGUAGCUGUUUAGCAUUUGUUGUACGUUAUCCACUUGCUUCAGUAUUUUAUGAUAUUUGAAGUAAAGCAGAAACAAUAAAUAAUUAUAUCUGUGUGUAGUAGGUGUUACAUUCUUCUUUGUAUAUAAAGAACUUGUAAUAAUAUGUCUACUACUGUGAUUUUUACAUUAGAUUAAUAUAUAGAUUUAUAAACAAAUUGUAAGCAUAUAUAUGAAAGGCUUAUACUUUAUGAAUCCUUAGUAAUAUAAUUUCUAGAUAAGACUGUGAAAUAUGUAUAUUCUCAAAUUACAUUCACAUUUGUUUCAUUGGUUCCUCAGUAAGAAAAUCAAAGAUAUAAAGAAAUAAUUAUCGUAAUGUUAUAAACUUAUGAGUUAUUAAGUCUGUUGUAUAAAUUGUAUAUAACUUGUUUAAAAACUUUCUGUAAUUUUAUGUACAAAAUAAUACAAAAGAUUUAUUUCAAUUCACAA